CGGGGCAGCAUGGCCGCCAGCGGGACGCGCUUGGCGCAGGAGGCGCUCGGCAGCGCGCCGGGGAGGAGGCGGCCUGCCCUCUCUUCCUUCUCCGCCUUCAGCUUCGUCCCGCCCAAACGGGAAGGGCCUCCGGAGCUCAGCUAUUACAACCGGCCGCACAAGACAGGAGAUUUUUUCACCUAUGAUGCUGUUUUUGGAAUACCAGAAGAUUACGACCAGUAUCUUCCACGAUGUGACAGAAAACACGCAAAGGCUCGUGGCCUUAAAAUUAAUGAGGAGGAAAUGGCAAGAACUGUUCCCGUGCUGACAUCUUCAGAGUAUGGGAAGCGCAUUAAUAAGCUCUUAGACCCACCAACCAGAGAGCAUGCCAGGGUUAAUAGCCUGCAUGCAGCAAUCUAUGGGGAAGGCAGCCACUCUGCUCCUUGAAAAAACCAACCUUCUCCAGGCCUGGAUCCAUGGGAAAUCUCUUGUAUCUGUCAUCGCCAGCAACAUUUAUCUGGGGAAAAAACCCAACACUUUGAAAAGCAAUAUGGUGCUUUUGCCUUUUCCUCUACAGUUUAUUUAAUGAGAAUUAUCAGGAUUAAAAAUAAAGUGAAAUAGCAGCUGCA